AUGACCACCCCGCCUCCCUGCUCCUGCCACGGCGCGCGAACUUGCAGACCAACCCAAGAAUGUGUGAGGGGCGGGUUUGCAGCUUCAGGGACACGAGCCUACGCCCUCUACAGCUGUGUUUUUAGGGCAUGGCAAGUCAGGCGCAAGGCGAGGUGUAAAUAUACGAGCCAGUGUCCCUUUCUGUGUCUCCUCUUGCUGUUGCUGCUGCUACGGACACCAUUGCUUGUUGCUGCUGCCACUGAGGUGCCGGUGAUCCAGUGUGAGUGCUCCACCGCUGACUGUGCCGCGGCGGGAGUCACCACCUGCACCACCGCCUCGCUCUGCUACUUCCAGCACUUCGAUCACCACGACGGCUCGCACCCCAUCACCCGCGGCUGCAUCACCUCGGGGAGCGUGAACUCCCUGCAGUGCCUCAACCUCCAUCAGGCGGCGCGGCGGAGCUUUUGGCCCUACGUAGUGUGUUGCGGCACCGACUACUGCAACAGGGACCUUAUGCCGCCUUUGCCCACCACCUACUUCCCAGUGCAAGAUGAUGAUGGUGAUGAUGGUGAUGAUGAAGACGACGGCUCACUCCUUCACCAUUACUUACGAGUGGCAUCUCAUCACUCAGCCACCACCACCACCAACACCACCAAGGGCCACCACAAGCUGCCACGCCUCAACACUGUCUGUCUGGUGGUGAUUGGUGCUGCCGUUGCCUUCAUGGUCACUAUCAGCAUUGCCAGCCUGUGCAUUCUGAUCCGAUGCAGGUCCACUUACACCAGGGCGCCACAAGAGCCACUGGAUGUUGGGAUGGAGAAGUUGAAGACAAUGGAACCCAGUGCUCCACCUCUGGUCUUUGCCUACCACCCUGCAUCACCUUAGCCACUCAGCCUUCACUACACUCAUC